UGUUGUGUUUAUCAGAUGAAAGUCAUUAGUCACUCCGGCUAACAUAUGGUUACAUGACUUUGAAAUCAGAAACUGACAAAAUUUGAUAAAUAUAAACAUUAUCUUAUUGUUAGUACAACUCUAGAUAAGACUUCUCUACACAUUAUUUGAUAGGAUCCUCCAUCACUUGAUCUGGAAAUAACCCAUCUGCCACGUCAAACUUCGAACGCGUAUUGUCAUUAUGGCAGCUCAGGUACACGAAUUCAGUGUCGAAAUGACAUGCGAAGGUUGUUCGAAUGCUGUAGAGAAUGUGCUCAAGAAAAAAACAGGUAUCGAGGACUUCAAGAUUGAUUUACAAGGAAAGAAGGUAUCUGUAACUACUGGACUCAGUUCAGAUGAGAUUUUGGAGACAAUUAAAAAAACAGGAAAAACGUGCCAAUAUUUAAGGACACUAAAAUGAAAACUUUUAUGGUGUAAUUAUAACAGAUGCUGUGUCUGUACUGUCAGAUACAUAAUACAUUUUUUCAAAAUUGAUAAAAUUAAUCAUACUUUGUAUCACAUAUUGUAAUAUGUGAUAUAAUACAUAAUAUAAUCACAUAUUGUAUACAAAUGUAAAAUAUUUUUCUUUUUAGAACCUUAAAUAAUAAAAUUAUUUUUUUAAGUACAUUUCAUAAGUAUCAUGCAUAUUACAAACUAGAUUUUGAAUUUAUAACAGUGUUGAAUUUUUUUUUGUCUACAAUAAAUCAUAAAAUUUA